UCAUUUUCCUGGGAGCUGAAAGAUUGGUUAGCGGUAGAGCGUCGAAGAAAAUCCACCGACUGAUCAAAAAAAAAAAAAAAGAAGAAAAUCCACCGAACGCUCUCUCUAUCUUACCGUUAAGGCUUCACCCAUAAUCCUAAAAGAGAGGGAGAAUGGCAACAGCUUCUUUGGGUUCGUCAACUCUUGUCCAGUCGCAGGUCAGGGGGUUCGGUGGGGGAUUUCGGCUUCAAAAGCAAUCCCUUUCUCAUUCCAAUUCUUUCACCUUUACAAGGAAAAAGUUCAGAACUAUAGUCACGGCAAGCUCUCGGGUGGAUAAGUUCUCAAAAAGCGACAUAAUUGUUUCUCCAUCUAUCCUCUCUGCUAAUUUUGCAAAGUUGGGAGAGCAGGUAAAAGCAGUGGAGUUGGCCGGUUGUGACUGGAUUCAUGUUGAUGUUAUGGAUGGUCGUUUUGUACCAAAUAUAACUAUUGGACCUCUUGUGGUUGAUGCAUUACGCCCUGUAACAGACCUUCCAUUGGAUGUACAUUUGAUGAUUGUUGAACCUGACCAGCGAGUUCCUGAUUUUGUGAAGGCAGGAGCUGACAUAGUCAGUGUCCAUUGCGAGCAAUCUUCCACCAUUCAUUUGCAUCGUACAGUUAAUGAAAUAAAAAGUCUGGGAGCCAAAGCUGGAGUUGUCUUAAAUCCUGGUACCCCGCUAACUGCCAUAGAAUAUAUCCUUGAUGUGGUUGAUCUGGUCUUGAUCAUGUCGGUGAAUCCUGGAUUUGGCGGCCAGAGCUUUAUCGAGAGCCAAGUUAAGAAAAUCUCAGACUUAAGAAGAUUGUGUGUAGAGAAGGGAGUGAAUCCAUGGAUUGAAGUGGAUGGUGGAGUUGGUCCCAAAAAUGCAUAUAAGGUUAUUGAGGCAGGAGCCAAUGCUUUAGUUGCUGGUUCUGCAGUCUUUGGAGCUAAAGAUUAUGCCAAAGGCAUGGACAGCUUCGAUGAUAAGCUCCUUGAAACGAGAAAUUUUAUUGUACUUUUAUUGCAUACUGUAUAUGAACCAUUGCAUGUUGAAUCUGUGUGUAACAGCCAUAAAAGGAAUUAAAACCAGCAAAAAGCCCGUUGCUGUCGCAGUAUGAAGUUUGAAGUCGGAAAGAUUUUACUCAAGUCAAUGUGUGGUUCCAUGCCCUUACUUCUCAUAUUUAACAUGCACAACCAGCCGAAGCAGCAAAUUGCUGGUAUUUUGUUGUAGUCGGAUACAGAAUCAAUUUCUCUGCUGUAAGAGAUGACAUUAAUGAGAAACAUGAAUUCUGAGUGCUAGUUCAAUACAAUUCCCUGUAGCAUAUGUACAUAGGAAUCCAACGUUUGAACUGUGCUCAUCCCUGUAAUGAUAUUAUCCAUCAGUUUCCAGCUAUUAAAGCAUUUUCUUA